GUUUACAAUAUUUGAAAUAUAAAAAAAUGGUUCAUAUGAAAAAAUAUCGAACAUUGAACAUUUUUGGCAAUUAGAGACAAAGUAUUUUUUACAUUUCAAAUAUUGUUAACGAUGUGCUGAUAUUCCAUGAAACGAAAACGAUUAUCCGGCCCUAAAUUGGGACUGAUUUCGGGCCCGAAAUCGGGAAGUUUGGAUGUAAUUGGCGCUUUAACGAGGAAACAUCUGAAACUUGUUUGUCACCGUGAAAUGGAACAUUUGGUCGAUUCGCGACCGUUACCCGGGUAAUUUGAAAACAAAAACACCGAUAAAGUGACACUUUGCUACAAAUGAUAUGUAAUAAAAAUCGGAGAAAAUUGUUGCGAUAUAAUUUUAUAUCAUAAUUGGCUUAAUACUAUUAUGCAGACGCCAGACGCGAACGGUUAUGUCCACGUACAGUGGCCUAGUAAAAGUAUCCCACAUGGCGGUAUAUUUCAUACGCGUACCGUAGAACCUUCUGUAGCACAACAACAAUUUCUGAAAGUUCUUCUCGAAGAAUCAAAAUUGAGCAUCGCCCAACGCCAGAAGCAGGCGUGGGCUUUACGGCAGGAGGACGAGCCUAAGGAACCACGAUGUCUCAGACGGCAAGUGCCCAUGAUUCGGCCGAGCACCUCGCGUCGCCGAUCGCUGUCUGCCAUCAGAGAGUCAGGCGUGUUUGAAAUGGAAGAAUAUAUCCCACUAAAGCGGGGCGAAGACCGCGAGGCAUUGAAAGCCAAGCUUGCCAUGAGCAUGGAACACGGAGACACACCGGAACAGGUGCCUCCGCCGCCACCGCGUAUAGCCAAGCCGAAGCCUCAGCUGCCCACGGUCAAGGAUAAGAGGAAUGAACUGCUUACUCAAAUCCGCGAGCGCGCCGAGUGGCUCGCAGAAAUGGAAGACCUCGGCCACGCAGCCCCCCACCGGGAAAUAGUUCGCGACCAGAUCGCGGAGCGGCUGCGCGCGCUUGAUAGCUUGGGCAUCGACAGCGCGCUCUCGUCAGCACGAUCCUCUGCGCGUUCCAAAGGCUCCGGGUUCAGCAUUAAGGAACAAUACGUAAAGGAUAGUGCGCGCUCUAAGGAGAGCGCCAAAUCUGUACAUUCGAAUCGCUCAACAAAAUCCCAGGAGAAGCAAAAAUCUUCAAGAAGCUCAGCCAAACGUCAUCCAAAGAUGGAAGAGAAUAUUUUGGCUUACAACAAUAUUCCGCCCUUGCAGUACUCACCAAGGAGGAGAGUUUGAGUUUUUGAUUUUAUUUAAAUGUUUUUUACAGUCAGCACCAGUAGUUUUAUUGUGAGCUGUACUGGAAAUUGAUAAAUUAUUCGCUGAGGACUCGGCAGUGCUUCCGCCAAGUCCAGAAUUACAUUUUGUAUUAGGCCAAUAAUUCAACAUUAGGCGACAGACACACACAGAGCGAGCAUACGAGCGAGGUAAUUUCGGAGGUGCUCUCAGGCGAGGAAAAUGCGCGCGCCGCCUCGGCCAAGGCACGUCUACACUGGCCGUUUUAUGCGCGAGGAAAUUGCCUCGCGCGUAUGCUCGGUCUGUGUGGAACCGCCUAAUUAAUAAUGUUACUUUAUAUGUAGGUAAGGUGCAAAUUUCUUGAUUUAGUUAUUAUUUUGGUUUUUACAUUAACAUUAUGAUGACUAAGGCAUUGAAAGUCAAAAUUAAUAAAAAGCAUCUUAUAAAACAA